AUGACGACGACGCCGACGUCGCCGGAGGCGCUGGCGGAGGCGCUGCGGGACGGGGAUGCGAACAUGUCGACGGCGCAGCGACGGCGCGAGGCGGCGGCGAUGCGAGGCGCGUUUCCGGGCAAUCGACCGUGUCCGUGCGGGUCGAACAAAAAGUUUAAGCGCUGUUGCGGCGUGCCGACGAGCUAA